GUAAUUAAUAUCUAUGUGGUUAAAUACGAGUUAACAUGAAAAUAUUAGAAGAAUGUUCCAAGACUGAUCAAAUGCGGAAGUUUUGAUCUGCGCUUUUAUUGGCGGAAGUAGCGUCAGACGUUUCGUCGUCAUCACGUCAAUAUUUUAGCGUAGCUCCGUACAGCUGGCAAAACAAUUCACACAAACCAUUUUAUUGCGAAACUACAAUGAGCACCAGAAUCAAACGAUAGACAGUAACAUCUUGACAUUCUAGCCGCUAACCUUUAUUGUUAUAUUCUUGAACCUGUUUGUGCAAAACAAUGUCGGCAUCACAAGGAAGCACAAACACGAAUACGGAGCCAUGGGGUAGUUUUGAAGACAACAACAUUAUCCAGGGCAGUGGCUCGGCAGUGAUCGACAUGGAGAAUAUGGAUGACACCUCUGGUUCCAGCUUUGAGGAUAUGGGGGAGAUGCAUCAGCGUAUGAAGGAGGAGGAGGAGGUGACAGCCGAGGCAGCAGCUAUUCAUCCAGAGCGUCUCUCACAUGUUCCGCCAUUACUAAUAUAUCUUGUAUCCACACAGGUAUGGCAGGCAGGAAAGCAACAGGCCUCAAAAGCAUUUAAUCUCUACGCCAAUAUUGACAUCCUCCGGCCGUACUUUGAUGUGGAGCCUAAUCAAGUCAGAAACCGGUUGAUCGAAUCCUUGAUCCCAGUCCGAAUGAUCAACUUUCCACAGAAAGUUGCUGGAGAGCUGUAUGGACCAAUGAUGCUGGUGUUCACAAUGGUGGCUAUUCUGCUCCAUGGCAUGAAGACAUCAGGAACCGUCAUUAGAGAGGGUACGCUGAUGGGAACUGCCAUUGGAACCUGUUUUGGAUACUGGCUGGGAGUGUCUUCCUUCAUCUAUUUCCUUGCUUACCUGUGCAACGCUCAGAUUACCAUGCUGCAGAUGUUGUCUUUGCUAGGUUAUGGUCUUUUUGGCCACUGUAUGGUCCUUUUCAUCACUUACAAUGUCCACUUCCACUCGCUCUUCUACAUUCUCUGGCUGGUGAUUGGAGGACUCUCUACUCUACGCAUGGUGGCUGUGCUGAUUUCCCGUACUGUUGGUCAGACUCCUCGCCUCUUCUUGUGUGGGACCCUGGCUGCUCUUCACAUGCUUUUUCUGCUCUAUCUGCACUUUGCUUACCAUAAGAUGGUUGAAGGUAUUCUGGAUACUUUGGAAGGACCUAACAUCCCACCCAUCCAGAGAGUGGCCAGAGAUGUUCCCGUUGUUGCAAGUGCUGUUGUAAAUGCCACCAUCAAGUCAAUAGCUGCAGUUGUACAGUCACAGUGAUCAUAUAUAUUUGUCUAUUGAGUCGGUCACAUAGUCCAGUGAGGCUGGUGUACGUAUGUAGGGUCAGGGCAAAACAGAAUCAUGGGGCAGUCUCUGUUGAGCACCUUAGGCCUGAGCUCACUUUGUAUCUCUUAUGUUGUUCCUGACGCUGUCGAACAGACCUAAAAGGGUGGCGCUUCACUUGAUUUUGGGUCGUAUUAUUAUGAGACAACAAUUUCGACACACUAUCCCAUUCACUCUACACAUGUCUUAAUCAUUUUUUGUUAAGGGUUACAGUAAAUAUGACCUCCUAAUAUUAAAAUGGUUUAUUCAGAAUAUGUAAGAAUUCCUUGAGGAUGCUGAUACUAGUAAUUAUUCUUCAAAAACCCUGUUGACAUUAAACACUGCACUGUGAGAGUGGACUGAUUGUCCUCACGAACUGUCUCAGUUUCAGAGUGGCAUCGCACAACACUUCUGUUUUCAGAUCGUGUUGCAUAAUUUUUUUAGAUAUUUUCACAGUUGCAAAGGAAGUCUUUAUCACGACUCUAUAGAGAAACCUUGAUCGGAAAGCAAAGUGUAUAGAAAUACAGAAAUGCAAUGAUAUUUUCUUUGAAGAUGAGAAAGAUUGUUAUGGUGCAUGCAAUCUUUUUUUUCUUCCUAAUCCAUAUUUAACCAGCCAUUGUGGUGCAGUCUGAUUCCUGCUAUUUAAAGCUAUGGUUGGGGGUGAGGGUUUUCUGCUCUCUCAUUAUGUUGUCUUCUACAUGUGAGCUUCUUAUUUAAAGGGUUCUUGUAAAGAGAAAAUAAAGAAACGUUGUUGUCCUUA